UGUAAGCUAGCACAGAUAUAAAUUAGACAAAGAAGCCUUGUGAAGAGACUGAGUGAAAAAGAGUUUAAAGUAACCGAGGGUGAAAGGAGCGAGUGUGACACAAAGCUAUAUGCGUUAUCCGAUAUAUACGGAAGUAUGAAAUUGAAAGAGUGGUACAUGGAGAUGGGGCCAUGAAGGAUCCAGUCAUAACUUAGAAAAACUCCAUCAUUGUACAUUUCAACCAAUCAAGAGUAGUGCUUUAAGGACGUGAGUGAGUGGUACUCCGAAGCCGGUGAUGUCACGGGUUCCCACCCCUCCUCCUCCUGGGGAGAUGUCAAGUGGACCUGUGGCAGAGAGCUGGUGUUACACACAGGUCAAAGUUGUGAAGUUUUCCUACAUGUGGACCAUAAACAACUUUAGUUUUUGCAGAGAAGAAAUGGGUGAGGUGUUGAAGAGCUCAACAUUCUCCUCUGGUCCUAAUGACAAAAUGAAAUGGUGUCUGCGAGUCAAUCCAAAAGGACUUGAUGAUGAAAGCAAAGACUAUCUGUCAUUGUAUUUACUACUUGUUAGUUGUCCAAAAAGUGAAGUCCGGGCAAAGUUCAAGUUUUCUUUGUUGAAUGCUAAAAGAGAGGAGACAAAAGCAAUGGAAAGCCAAAGAGCAUAUAGAUUUGUCCAAGGUAAAGAUUGGGGCUUCAAAAAAUUUAUAAGGAGAGAUUUCCUCCUCGAUGAAGCCAAUGGACUCUUACCAGAUGACAAGCUCACCCUGUUCUGUGAGGUAAGUGUUGUCCAGGACUCUGUUAACAUUUCGGGCCAGUCCAACAUGAACAUGCUGAAGGUACCUGAGUGCCAGCUGUCCGAUGACCUGGGGAACCUAUGGGAGUGUUCCCGCUUCACAGACUGCAGCCUCUAUGUGGGAGGGCAGGAGUUCAAAGCCCACAAAUCCAUCCUUGCAGCGAGGUCACCAGUCUUUAAUGCUAUGUUCGAACAUGAAAUGGAAGAAAGUAAAAAGAACCGUGUUGACAUCAGUGACGUGGACCCAGAUGUUUUUAAGGAAAUGAUGGGCUUCAUCUAUACAGGAAAGGCCCCAAACCUGGAGAAGAUGGCAGACAAUUUGCUGGCAGCUGCAGAUAAAUACGCUUUGGAACGUUUAAAGGUCAUGUGUGAAGAGGCCUUGUGCAACAGCCUUUCAGUGGAGAAUGUGGCCGACACCCUCAUCCUAGCAGACUUGCACAGUGCCGAGCAGCUCAAAGCACAAGCCAUAGAUUUUAUCAACAGGUGCAGUGUCCUGAGACAGCUGGGCUGUAAAGAUGGAAAGAACUGGAAUAGCAAUCAUGCUACAGAUAUAAUGGAGACUGCAGGCUGGAAGUCAAUGAUCCAGUCCCAUCCUCACUUGGUAGCCGAGGCCUUUCGCGCCCUGGCUUCAGCACAGUGCCCACCCUUUGGUCUUCCCAGGAAGCGUCUAAAACAGUCGUGACUGCCUGACUGUGCCCCAGGACUUUACUGGAGGUGUGAAGCAUGGGUUUACAAAGGAAGGACUAGUGAGGGUACCACUCUUAUUUCCACCAAAACUGAACACACUUGAAUAAAGAAGAGUGGAGCUUUCUGGCCAGGAAUGUGGGGAGGCUGGCACGUGGACGACUGACAUCAAUGCAUUGGGAAAAAAUCUGUUCAGUCGAUGUUGCUUGCUUGCUUUGCUUCCCCAGCUGAAUUCUGUUCAACCCGGGUAGCAAGUCAAGCUGUCUGCUACUGUUUUUUUCCCGUAAUUUUAAAAAUGGCCUUAAUAUAUCUGCCAUUGCUCUGGAGCUGCUCUAGAGUACUUUGUCUAUUUUACUCUGUGCCUGCCUUGUCACAAAGACCAGGCCUCCUCCAGGUUGCACUAGUUCCCAUGAAUAGUCAUUUUGAUAUGGAGUUCUAUAGGAACGUAACAAAGGUUUAACUAAAUGGGAAAUAUUAUAUAUAUUUGUAAUGUUUAGCCCGUUUUGUGACUAGACAUUAAAAAGCAUGAACACUUUCA